AUGCCCAGUUUUGCUGCUAACUCCGAACAGGUCCUUCUAGGCUUAACCAGAGGUAGUGGACUCAGAUCCGACGCAUCGCCCUCUGAGUCCUCGCAGAUCCGGUCCUUCAAUACUGCUGAAACGGAAUCAAAUUUCAUCGAGGAUGUGCAUUCGGUAUUCAAUAUUGUUGUUGCCAAGCUGAUCUACUGGUGGGAGCGAUCAGUGGCAGUGUUGUGGCGCACCGCAGAAGUCCACUGGAUCAAGCUCCUCUGCAUCCUGAUCGUGAUGUCUGCCAUAAAGGAGGUGACAGUCGCGAACGUCAUCCCACUCUCCGUUUUGAUUAUUUGCUUCCCCGCGCCUUCGAUGCACAGCUUCCUGGUCACCAGUGUCUUCAUCUUCACCGGUCUGCAGAUUAUCAUGAAAAUGAUCUUCCAGUUAGACAUUGUCUCCGACGCGGUCUACCACAAGCAUACGAAUACGGGCUACACAGGAAAUCCUUCCCACCCGAAAUACAGUGUCGCGGCACUUCUACCCAACGGUACGGGUAGAUGGAUUGGCCUGGAUGUAGUCGAAGAUUUUCCAAAGUACAUUGAAGUACGUCUCAAAUCCUUCUGUCCGCAUUAG